AGAUGGAGCGAAAAUAAUGUCGACCAUUUACGUGAGGCACUCACUCGUUUCGCUCAUGAACUUGAUCAAAUCAGCAACAACGUUCAGGCACGAACAACGAAAAUGAUUAGUACUGACAUUAGGCGGAGGCAUAUGACCCCUCAGCGCCCCGUAGCUUCGGCUAUUUCGACUUUGAAACGUCAACCUGCCAGGCUUGGUCCUGUAAUUGUGCCGAAAAGAUUGAACGUUACAAGGAGUACAGCAAGGCCGCAGUACAUGCCGGGACGUUUAGCUACAGCUCCUCCCGCUAUUUCACAAGUAAUUGUGCCUACUACGAAGACCUACCCGAUUACGAGGACGAGUUCGUCGACAUUUGCUGGACAACGACAAUACUUGAUGCCAAUGACACAAGCGGGUCCGUCACGGACGGUACCUGUGGUGACGUCACGUGUACAAAAUCAGGCUUCGAUUCAUCAUCCGCAAAGCUCUGCGAUGGUUUCACAUCAAGGACCACCGACUUUGGUGCCAGUGAUAAUGGACGAUGCUCCACCUCGUUUGGAUCAGCGAAUG